AAAAUGUGGAAAAAAAAAGGAGUUUUCUUGUGGAUGGUAGAAGGAAAAAGAAACAGCAAGUACGGAUCUGUCCCCUUUGUAUAUAGUUAGGAGAGCCACAUACGUAUAUAUAACACAUACAACUCUCCCUCUCUCUUUAUUGCUCCUCCAGUUUUUGAUCCCUCUUUUGACUCUGUCUCCUACUCUCCCGUUAUAUCUCUCCUUUCAUAAAUAAUACAAACCCAAAAUCUGAAUUUUGCAUUUAAAUUACAAGAUUCCAACUUUCCCAGAAGCAUAUGGAGAUUGCUGUUUACAAACCCUAUGGUGAUCAUGAAUUUCAAUCACUCAUUGAAAGAAUUCACCCUCCCAGGGUGUGCAUUGAUAAUGAUACUUGCCGAAACUGCAGUAUUGUGAAGGUUGAUAGUGCGAACAAACAUGGUAUAUUGCUGGAGAUGGUCCAAGUUCUGACGGAUCUGGACCUACUGAUUCUAAGAUCAUACAUAUGCUCUGAUGGUGGCUGGUUAAUGGAUGUUUUCCACGUAACUGACCAACUUGGGAACAAAAUCACUGACGAAAGCCUCAUCCUCUACAUCGAACAGGCUAUUUGUGCAAGUAGAAGAGGGUCCAGGGAAGUCCAAACAUGUGCUGGUAGAAAUGUAAGGCCCAGGCAAUUCUCAAUGGAGCACACAGCUAUGGAGAUGACGGCAACAGAUAGACCAGGACUAAUGUCUGAGAUAUCUGCUGUGCUGGCUGAGUUAGGAUGCCAUGUCUCUGGUGCCGUGGCAUGGACACAUAACAAUCGAGCAGCCUGCAUUGUUUACUUGGAAGAUGAUCUGAAGCAUGGGCCAAUCAUGGACCCCUAUCGAGUGGCCCAAAUACAGGCCCAACUAGAGAAUGUUGUUGAGGCGCACCAUUAUGAAGGGGAGCGACGAAGUGUGAGGUUGUCAGCCCCUGCAGCUAGCCAGACUCAUACCGAAAGGCGGCUCCAUCAGUUGAUGGCUGCUGACAGAGACUAUGAAAAAUGUUGUUCCUGUGGUUAUGACUCAAGUGAAGAUGAUGUAGCACACAGGCAGAAGAAGGGAUGUAAUAGCACAGAAGUGAAGAUAGAAAAUUGCAAGGAGAAGGGCUACUCCAUUGUUACUGUGAGGAGUAUGGACCGACCCAAAUUGCUAUUUGACACGAUCUGCACCUUGACAGACUUGCAAUAUGUCGUGUUCCACGCCUCCAUCAGUUCUUUUGAAUCCAUUGCCUUUCAGGAAUACUAUGUGAGACACAAGAAUGGAUGGACUUUGCAUUCAGAAAGUGAAAGACGUAGAAUAAUCCAAAAUCUGAUGGCUGCUACUGAGAGGAGAGUAUCCCAUGGAUUGAGGCUGGAUGUUACUACUCAAAACAGGGUAGGAUUGUUAGCAGAUAUCACGAGAGUGUUUCGGGAGAACGGAUUAUCCAUAAGCAGGACUGAGGUAGGAGUACAGGGAGAGAAAGCAGUUGGCACAUUCUAUGUAAAAGAUACUUCAGGGCAAGCUGUGAACUCAGAAACCUUGGAGACAGUAAGACGAGAAAUUGGAGGCACUGUCCUGGUGGCAAAUGAAUCCUUAAAGAGGCCAUCUUCUCAACCAACUAAUUUGUCAAAUACAAGCCCUAGCUUAAGCACUAGCAGUGGCAAGCAAGACGACAAGCCUGGUUUCUCAUUAGGAAGCAUGUUUUGGUCUCAGCUUGAGUGGCUUUCCAGCAAUUUCAGACCUAUAAAAUCCUAAGAUUCCAAGUGAUGAUCUGAAGACCCUACUGUGUUUAGGCCAUGUUGAUUGUAAAUAAAUAGCAACCUCCGUCUGUAAAUAAUUAGCAACAGUUGUAAAUAAUGAUAGACGCAUGGUACAAUGAA